CUGAUAUUUGAGGCCUUUCGGAGGAGGGGUGAGGAGAAUCCAAUGCGCAUGCGCGCUGGGUCGAGCCUGCGGAGGAAGCGCGUUCGCAUUCGAGUCAUACCAAGCAUAGCCUGCGUGUCCGUGCAGUCUACUUGCAGCGGGCUGUGAGGAGAACUGACGCGACCCUUUUGUCCCCCUUUUCCCCCAAACAGACGCAGUUUCUCAAACAUUUUAAGCACGAAAAAAGACUCUUAAGCGUCGCCGGAAUUGUUUUGAAUAGAUAUUUUAUUCAGGAGGCUCAACCCUUGAAGGGUUGAAGUUUUGUUUUGCUCGGAGAAGUUGGCUGAAGGCUGGGCCUUUGGCGCUGGGAAUUAUUCCUGAAGGAAAAAAAAAAGAAAAAGCUUAACGGUCGCACCAUUUCUCCUUCUUGCCUAAACUUUAAAAGCAAUCUAGCUGGUCUUUUUUGCUCGAUAAAUGCUUCUUACGAAAAUGGACCUGUUGAACUACCAGUAUCUGGACAAAAUGAACAACAACAUCGGCAUACUUUGCUACGAAGGUGAGGCGGCUCUGAGGGGCGACCCCAGGAUGCAGCCGGUAUCCAUGUCGUCGGCCAUCACCAACCACAGGACCGGGCCUCCUCCUAUCAGCCCCAGCAAGAGGAAGCACAGCGGGGACCAAGUGGACAACGACAUUGACUGCGACAAUGAGCAUGUGGCAAAGAUGAGCCGGCUGUUUGUGGCACAGCUAGGGAAGCCAACCAAUGGCGAUUUCCGCAAGGACCCCCGGGAUCGCAGCCGCAGCCCCGUGGAGCGCGCCACCAUGCCGCAUCUGAGUUUCCAUGGAAACGUCUACAGCCACUUGUCCGGCCUGGGAAUGGACCAGCCCCUUGCACUGACCAAAAACAACGUGGACGCCGUCCGUACUGUGGCCGUUCCGCCCGCCGUGGCUGCAGUGGAGCGUCAGCAGAACCGCCCCUCGGUCAUCACCUGUGCCUCUGCUAACAACCGCAACUGUAACCUGUCGCACUGCCCCGCCACUCACACCAGCUGCUCGUCCAGCAUGCUGCUGAACUACCGAAGGCCGCCCAACAGUGAGUCCCAACAUCCGGCACUUCGAAUCCUUACCGGGGAGUCCCUCUAUGCUCCUACAUGUGGAAAAAUCUGGCAACCUGAACUGCCUUUACGGGAAGAAGCCAACACAGCCUGCGACCCCGUCAUCGAGGAGCACUUCCGCCGCAGCCUGGGCAAGAACUACAAGGAACCGGAGCCGGUGACCAACUCGGUGUCCAUCACAGGCUCGGUGGACGACCACUUCGCCAAGGCGCUGGGCGAGACCUGGCUGCAGAUCAAGGCCAAGGGCAGCAGCUCUGGCAGCAGCCCUGAAUCGUCCCCCUCCAGCCACAUGGUCAACCACAGCCACUCCCCAUCUGUGGCGUCCUGAAGGGCAGCGCAUGCCCGUCGCGCCUCCCUCAGCUGAGCUCGGAACAAUGCUAGCAGAUAGUUGUGUACAUAAGGAUGGAGAGGGCAGGAGCUUUUGGCCUUUAUUUUAACUUUUUAUUUUGCGUUUGCAUACGUGCUUGGCAUUUGCAUUAUCCAGUGCCCGACGACAUGAUAAAAUAAGCAGGAACUUAAUAUUAGGAGUUGCAUCUCAUAGCUUCCUACCACCUGCCUCUGUUACCAAAGAAACCUCUGAUGCAAAUCUGUCCCACCACCCUCCACCCCCUUAAAGGAAAGCCAUUCUCCCAGUGCCUUCCCCUCACCGGCCGUUAGUCUCCUCCCACCCACAUACUCGCCCCAUCCACCCAUUUGUUUAGUAGUUGGAUGUCUCAAAAUCUCAAAAAUUCCCAGGCUGCAUUGCACUAUUGGGCCAAGGGUUUGAGGCUGCCCAUCUGCCUCGCAUCACAUAGCUGGCCUUGUGUUCGGUGGGCAAACUGCCCACAGUUGUGGUAAAGCUGGUCACAUUCUGUUACAUCCUGGCAAAUUGGGGCUGGUGGCGGGCCUUGGCCUCUGACUGCUAGGUUCUGCCUCUGUAUUAUCCCCACAUCAGCUGGUGCUGUCAACUCGACUGCAUCACUCUGAAAAUGGGCAUUUUAUAGUUACAUAUUUUUUUUGUCUCUCCCCCCACCACCCCCAAGCACUGUGGUUUGCAUAGAUAAGUUUGGAAAGGUAAAAUAGUGCUUACUGAUGCAUGUUUUAAAUAGCUGGUAUCUAUUAAUGUAUAGACAUUUCAAUCUUAAUACUAUUAGCCUUUCCUCAGAUUUAGUUUAUUUUUGUCAGUAACAGUCCUAGAUAUACUUACUGCUGGUACAGUUGUACUCUAUAUAUAUAUAUAUAUAUAUAUAUAUAUAUAUAAUUUUUUUUUUUUUUUGUCUUUGAUAUCCAUUAUGGUAGAUGCCAGCGACAGAGGAUAGCCUCCGGAAAGGCCUACUAUACAUAAACAAGUCAAUGUAAUGUUAAUCCGUGGUACAGGAUGCUAUAGCUUUUUUUUUGCAUGACUGAAUAAGAGAAAUACUUACUCAGCUGUAGACUGGUUGACCCUGAGUGUCGACCAUCUCCCUAAUUUUUUUUUGUUCCAUCUACUCUAAACAACUUUGCAUGUAGCAAAUGGCUGCAAUUUUAUUUAAUUUUUUUACUUCCCAACCUGUAUCAACGCAACGUACAUUCCUCCUAUAGGGAACUUUGUACAGGUGUUAUCCCCCCCCCCAUAAUACCUACUAACUGAAAACUAAGAGGGUAACAUGGAAGUGGAGCCUAGUGCGGUUUGGGUGAAAGCGUGUCUGCCUCGUCCGGAAGUCAUGCGCUCGUACAUUCCAUCACCUGUCCCUCGUCGGACUCAUUAAGCCAUGGAGAAAUUGACCGGCUCGCUGCUAGAUAGUUCGUUUGAUAUCUGGAUACAGGUUUAAACAGAAUUAGUUCUCACUUUCUGGAAACCCUUUUAAGAUGAAAAAGAGAAGCUAAAGUCAAUUUUAGGCUCCUGAAUAUGAUCCCACCAUUGUCAUGUAUCCAUUUCACUACCAGUUCAGUAGGUAGGACAUUCUUUCUGCUUGGCAUACAAUACCCUACACACUGUAGGAAAAUCACUUAAUAAAAAACUUUUUUUAUAUAGGUAACUAUAAGACCAUCAUUACGCUGUGCGUAACGAAUGUACAGAGAAAAAAAUCGUAGGUAUUUUUUGAGGAACAAUUAAUUUGUUAAUGAUAUGUAGCUAUUUAAUUUUCCCUAUCCUUUAUUGUAAUCAUGCAUUUUUUUCAAGAAAAAGUUGAUCUUUUUUGUUUGUAGAGUUGUCUGUUUUAAGGUUUUAAAAAGUGCAGGAACACAGUUAUUCUUUAAACACUGCGUUAAUAUAGCCACUCAUUUGUAAUUGCUGAAAGGCUACUGAGCGGUUUCAGAGCAGUACAGAGCACAGAUAAUGAGAUCUGGUGUUUGUCAGUCGUCAGAACAAGUGUUCAUUUUGAUAAUGACGGACCUGAGAUGGGCGUCCACACCGUUCAGGUCCAGUACAGUGCUGAAAACAUGACCAUAUUUAAAUAGAUCAGCGGAAGACUUGCUGUGCUUCCAGAUUUUUUAUUUUUUUUUAACCAUUUAUUCACUUGGAAUCAGCAUCAAUGGUGGACUUCUAGAUGCUCAAAAUGGUUUGUAAAUCUGUAUUAUACCCUUGUUUCGUGGCCUUGUGCAAAAAAAGGUUCUGGCAGGCCACCUUUUUGUACUUAAAAGUAGCCUUAAAGAACAAUAAAGUGCUCUUAAAUCAC